AUGACGCUUAUCGAUAGCGUCUUAACGACACCAGGAAAGAUAGUCGAGAAAGAAACCGAACGCCGAAUUGCUGCAAUCAAUGCGGUGAUUGCUGUCUGUGAUGCGGAAGAAGGUGCUCCCUCGCGUCCUCCACCGCAAAAACGCCCGGUUGAUGCUGUUGAUGUACUCGCUGCUGCCCCCGGGCCUAUGAGACAGAAUUCUGCUCUUCCAGAAAAUAGAGACGAUACUUUUUCCUAA